CCUUUUCCCAGGGCUUCCUCUCAGUCGGCCCUGGGCUUCGGAGGAAGAGGAAGAAGAGGAGGAGGAGGAAGGGAAAAGGCACCCCCGCUAAUCCGAGCGCCGCGUCGGAGGCCGGCUGCAUGCGGUUGAUGCUCCUGUGCUGCACCUGGAGCCAGGAGCCCAUGGGCGAGGACGAAGGAAGCGACCUGCCGAUAUGCGCCAGCUGCAGCCACAGCAUCUAUGACGGCCAGUACUUGCAGGCCUUGAAUGCCGACUGGCAUGCGGACUGCUUCCGAUGCAGCGAGUGCGGGACAUCGCUUUCCCACCAAUACUAUGAGAAGGACGGCCGGCUCUACUGCAAGAAGGACUACUGGGCCCAUUUUGGGGAGAUGUGCCACGGAUGCUCCGAACAGAUCACCAAAGGGUUGGUCAUGGUGGCUGGGGAACAGAAGUACCAUCCCGAAUGUUUCAGCUGCCUCAAUUGCAGGGUGUUCAUUGGGGAUGGAGAUACCUAUGCGCUGGUGGAGCGGUCCAAACUAUACUGCGGCCGCUGCUAUUACCAGAUGGUGGUCACUCCGGUGAUGGACCAGUUGCUUCCGGAGUCUCCCGGCCCCCGCAUCCCCCACACCGUCACCCUGGUGUCCAUUCCGGCGUCUUCCGAGGGCAAGCGGGGCUUCUCCAUCUCCAUCGACCAACACAGCAGUUCGGAGCAUGCCCAUACCGUACGCGUCCGAGAGUUGGACCCGGACUGUAUCAGUCCCGACAUGAAGAACUCCAUCCAUGUUGGGGACCGCAUCUUGGAGAUCAACGGCACCCCGAUCCGGCAUGUUCCCCUCGAUGAGAUCGACCUCUUAAUCCAGGAGACCAGCCGGCUCCUGCAGUUGACCAUUGAGCAUGACCCACAUGAGGUUUUGGAGAGCAGCCCUUUGUCGGAGCUGCGCAGUCCUCUCCGUUCGCCGAGUCGGACACCUUGCCCGGAUCCGGCAGCCAUCCGACAGCGAACCAUUAUGAGGAGUUGUAGCAUCGACAAAUCUCCCUGCUCCAGCACCCUGGGGUCCCCCGCCUCCCAACGGAAGGACAUCGGUCGCUCCGAAUCACUCCGGGUCGUCUCCCGGCAUCACCGCAUCUUCCGCCCCUCGGACCUCAUCCACGGCGAGGUCUUGGGAAAAGGGUGCUUUGGUCAAGCCAUCAAGGUGACGCAUCGAGAGACAGGGGAGGUCAUGGUGAUGAAGGAGCUCAUCCGCUUUGACGAGGAGACCCAACGGACGUUCUUGAAGGAGGUGAAGGUGAUGCGUUGCCUGGAGCACCCCAAUGUGCUGAGGUUCAUUGGCGUUCUUUACAAAGACAAGCGGCUGAACUUCAUCACCGAAUACAUCAAAGGGGGAACGCUUCGGGGGAUCAUCAAGAACAUGGAUAGCCAGUAUCCUUGGACUCAGAGGGUCAGCUUCGCCAAAGACAUCGCAUCAGGAAUGGCUUACCUCCACUCUAUGAACAUCAUCCAUCGGGAUCUCAACACUCACAACUGCCUUGUGCGAGAGAACAAAAGUGUCGUUGUGGCGGAUUUUGGCCUCGCUCGGCUCAUGGUGGACGAGAAGAACCAGCUGGCCAGUCUGAAGAAGCCGGACCGCCGGAAACGCUACACAGUGGUGGGCAACCCGUACUGGAUGGCUCCAGAGAUGAUCAACGGCAGGAGCUACGAUGAGAAAGUUGACGUCUUCUCCUUCGGCAUCAUCCUGUGCGAGAUCAUCGGGAGAGUGAGUGCGGACCCAGACUACCUGCCUCGCACCCUGGAUUUUGGCCUCAACGUCCGGGGCUUCCUGGACCGGUACUGCCCCCCCAACUGUCCCCCCAGCUUCUUCCCCAUCGCCGUCCGGUGCUGCGACUUGGAUCCGGAGAAACGGCCUUCCUUUUGCCGGCUGGAGCAGUGGCUGGAGGCGCUCCGCAUGCACCUAGCCAUGGCGCUGCCCCUCAGUCCGCAACUGGAGCAACUGGAUCAAGCCUUCUGGGAGACCCACCGACGGGCGGACGGCGGGCUAAGCGUCCACCCAGAAGUCUCCGAAUGAGAGCCUUUGGACCCCGUUCCCUCUUCCUUUCCCGCUGCCUAAGGCUCAACGGCCGGAGCAGGUCUCCGGCUCCACAGGAAGACGCUUCUGUGCCUGGCCUGCACAGGAAUGGCAAAAUGGGGGGUGGGCGGGGGUAGCGCCACACAUUCCCAGCUUGUGUAAAUAGACAUCCCCUUCUUUCCGACAGAAGGAGUGCGGCGUCCUUUGGCCCCUCCAACCCAAAUGCCUUUUGCACGCUUUCCCGCUGAGCACGUCCGCUUCGGCAUUGAAAGGGGGCAUUAGAGGAGGGGGUCUCUCUCUCACACACAUUCAGGCCCCUUCCCCGCCCUGUACAGACCCUCAUCCUCCAAAGUGGUGCCUUGGGUUCGCAGGGAACUCGCACACACGUUCUUUGUCGGCGUCCACAUGUAUGCGUGUCCGUGUGUCUGUGUGCGCGCAUGGCCCUGGAAGCGUGCGUCUGUGCAUCCGUCCGUCCGUCUCUCUGUGCCCAUGUGUCCGAGCUUUCUGCCGUCUUUGCAGUCAGUCUCCGCUGCUUUUGGGGAGUUCAUUUGAGGCUGUAAUCCCUUCCCUGCACUUGGCUUCUCCUCUCCCAAUGGCUCUCCUUUUCAAACUUCAUUUCGAUCUAUAGGUACGCUGCACAGUUAACAGCACACUCAUUCCACUUUAGCCAGUAGGAUAUGCGAUUCAAAAGGACAGUCGAAGUCUCCGGCACAGAACCGUAAUUUUUUAUUUCUGAUUCAUGUUAACAUUCCAUUCCUUUCUUUCGUUUCAAUAUCAUUUUCCAUACUGGGCCGCCAACAGAUACAGUACAGUGUUCCCUCACUACUUCGCGGCUCACUUUUCGCGGAUUCGCUGUUUCGCGGUUUUUCAAUAAACUCUAAAAGACUAUUAUAAAUCAUAAAAAAUUACAAUUUACAGCCUAAGGAAGGAAGGAAGGAGGAGCCAAAGGGAGCCCAAGUGGCAACGGGAGCCCAAGCAGCAACGGGAGGAGCCCAAGUGGCAACGGGAGGAGAAGGAGGCAAUUUAUUAACACACGAUUGGUUGAUAAAGACCUAAAAUAGUGUAGAACUACUAAAAUAAUGUGUAAAUAUUAAAGUGUACCAACUUCACAACGGGAGGAGAAGGAGGCAAUUUAUCAACACACAAUUGGUUGAUAAAGACCUAAAAUAGUGUAGAACUACUAAAAUAAUGUAUAAAUAUUAAAGUGUCCCUACUUCACAGAUUUUCACUUAUUGCGGGUGGUCCUGGAACCUAACCCCAGCGAUAAGUGAGGGAACACUGUACACCCAAACACUCAUGUUUCCAACAAAAGGGUGGAAAUUGGAAGAAUACAUACACACAACAUACAUUUAGUUGUUGCUAAAUGUAGUUAAACUACCAUGCACUUGAAUCAUAUAUGUUAAAAAGACAGGGAAUAAAACCCAGCAGAAUGAUAAAAGUCCCUGUUUUGGGGGAAUGAGUAGAAUAUCACAAUACCUGGGACAUUCUUAAUUUAGAUUAGAUUAAAGUUUGCUGCUUUCUCUACACUAAAAGGCAUAAACUUAUUCGAGAGGCUUCAAGAUUGAUAAAGGGACGAGGCAAGGAUGCCCACUAUCUCCAUUAUUAUUUAUAUUAGUAUUAGAAAUACUGCUAAAUACCAUAAGAAAAGAUAAAUAACUGGGACUGAAAUAAGAAAAGGGAGUGAUUAAAAUAAGAGUUUUUGCGGAUGAUUUAGUGUGCACAGUAGAAGAUCCAAUACACAACAUACAAAAAUGGAUUUAAAAUAUUGAAGAAUUGGGCAAAAUAUGUCCAGUGCAGGUUCACCUUCACUUUCCUCUGAAGCUGAGAGAGUGUGACCCACAAAAUCGGUGUCUUUAGGGACCCAAACCUUGGGCUCUUCCUAGCCCAGUAUUGGGUUUAGUGCGGCAGCAUCCAAGCCACACUAAACCCAACUUGUUUUCUGGAUACUUCUCCAUUCUGAUCCAAAAUUCCUGCCAAUGGAACCAUAGACAGAGAUCCCACAUUAAUGCAUAACAACAGUCUCCUUCAAUUACGAAGUUAUGAAAACUAGAGCUAUUCUUUGGGAGUCCGAGGACAAAGCUUUUUGUGCUCCGUCCCCAGAGCCAUUAGAUGCGCCAUUAAUAGCCUGCAAGCCUUGGAUGCUGUGCGUAGUGCUCUCAUGUUGUAGUGUUUUCUGGAGUCACAUCCGCGUGCCGUUUUGUCCUCAAAUCUCCUCCCUGAGCUGCUCGAUGUCUAUAUAGACAAGGAGAAAGCGGACCACUAAAAACGUGAUGCAGUCGCCGGUGAUAUAUAUACAAAUGGUACGUUUCCGAAAGAACGGGGAAAGCAUUCGGUCUCUGUUUGAUUCGACUUCUCCAAAUCCCACUUCCUUCUUUCAAACCCACUUGCGAAACUUUCUGUUUUUGUUCAGAAGUUCUGCAUAGCAUUUAUUUUUAGUGCACACUUAUUUGCACAUAUAUAUUUUUUCCUGCCCUGAAGCAUGGUAGUAUGUUUUGCAAGGGAUAGAAGUAGAACGCACAGAAGUCCUACUUCGGUUCCACGUUGGUUUGUCCUUAUCCGUUCUUCUCCGAGGUGGUGCUUUUUGACUCCUUGGGGCUCCGGUGUCCCCCCCGAAUCCCCUGUAUCCCUUCAUCCCCUUCUAGCAUCACCCAAAAUCCUCUGUCACCCCACAUUUGGUCUUCUGCAUUUGUUUGUUUCGCCCCAACUGUAACAUAGCUGAAAAGAGUUUGUAUUAUUUUUUCACAGCGGUCGACCGCUUCUUUCUCACACUCUGCCUCAGUUCUGCUUAAGUCGGGGGGUGGGGAGAAGGGGAGCGGAAACGAAAAAAUGUAAUUGACACAAGACUGUGACGCACUUUCGGACCCGGAGCUGGGAGGGAGGAUUUGCGGAAAACCAAGCUGUGACGUCGAAUGAAAUUGCGUAGAAUUAAUAAACAGUCCUUCCACCCUCCGAAA